CGUGACUCGAGCGAGGACUUCUCUACAAGACGUUCACUUCUUGAAGGUUGAGAGAUGUUGGCGGCGCUGACCCUGACACCAUGAACGUAUUGCUCCUUCUAAUCUUCUCUCUUCUCGGAGUCUCCAGAGCAGAUGUGGUGCAGGUGAGAAGAGGUCGGCCGGUUGUCCUGCACUGUGAGGCUGAUCCUGGAGACACAUUGAUAUCAGUUAUCUGGAAACUUCACCUAUAUAAUUCCUCCUGUGUAAUAUCAUAUAAAAUAGAUGAAGACCAUAGAAAGACAUCAUACAGCUCCUGCAGUACAAGGAUGAGAAGUGACCGAUUAUCACUGAGUAUCAGUAACGCUGAAGUAUCUGAUGAAGGGAAUUAUACUUGUGUGGUUGUAAAUGCCAUAGACACUGUCUUCACAUAUAAAUUACUACAAGUAUUAGCUCAGCCGUCUACAUACUCAAAAUUAAACGGUGAUGGAUCUUCAGAGUGCGGAGCCGUUGGUGGGAAUCCACCUGCAAAAAUCUCCUGGAUCCCACAUUCAAAUAACAUAACUACUACAAUACUGGAAGAGCCGGACCAGACGAGGACAGUGAUCAGCACCCUCCGUACAGAAAGACUGAACGAGACAUCAGUGACGUGUGUCGUAUCUCAUCCAACGUUUCUGACUCCAUGGACAGAAGUCAUAUCACUGAAUAGCAGUAAUUGGAUCAUGUACCUGGUACUGGGAUCUGUCAUCAGUUUUCUUUUACUCUUAAUAAGUCUUAUAAUCUGGAAACGUCUUUAUCUCAGGACCUGCUUCAAACAAGUGGUGAACAGGGACGCCCCGAAGAUACAAAAUGAUUAUGAAGAGGAAAAGCAAGAACUUGAACCUUAUGCUACCUACACCCAGCAGGACAACGUUAUUUAUUGUGUAGCAACAAAAUUCAUUGACAUUGAUCAAGCUGUAGGCUAAGAACCUGACGAGAGAUAAAAUUACAAGGCGAGACAUUAAAAUAUGACUUUUUAGGUUUUCAUAGUUUCCCACAUACAGUAUGAAUUUUG